AGUAGUAUAUAUGGGGCAGCAUUCAUGUUGUAACCAGCAGAAGGUUAAAAGAGGACUUUGGUCACCCGAGGAAGACGAAAAGCUCAUUAGAUUCAUUACAACCCAUGGCUAUGGCUGCUGGAGUGAAGUCCCCGAGAAAGCUGGGCUUCAAAGGUGCGGAAAGAGUUGUCGAUUGCGAUGGAUAAACUAUCUGAGGCCUGAUAUAAGAAGGGGAAAGUUUACUCCUGAAGAAGAGAAGUUGAUCAUCAACCUUCACAGCGUUGUAGGAAACAAAUGGGCCCAUAUAGCAAGCCAUUUGCCCGGAAGAACCGACAAUGAGAUCAAGAACUAUUGGAACUCAUGGAUCAAGAAGAAGAUAAAUCGGAAACCUUCAUCCGCAAGCAUCACGACACGUUUAACCACAACUUCUACAAGCGUAGAUCAACCCCAUUCAGAGUUUUUCAACCCGGCCCAUUUGAAUUUCUUAACUCAAGAUUUGGGCAUAAACAACGUCAAGCAACCCAUCCAAGAGCCCGUAUUCUCUACUUCUUCUAGCGCGUUAUUUAUGCUUGACACGAGUGGUUCAGUACUUGAAGGGCAAAAUGGAGAUUGCAUUAUUGCACAAACAGAGUAUUUUAAUGACACAAUGUGGCAGCAUAUGAACAAGAACCAAAUUCCUGAAUUGCCAUCACAAAUGAUGAAUUUCGCGACAAAUAAUAAUGCCAUGUAUUCGGCCUAUUUGCCACCUUUGAUGGAUAACUUGGAGAGCGUUAUGGAGGGGCAAAGUUGUCAAAUACAAAUAAACGGAGAAGGAAGUAGGGAGUGCUUGAUUCAAAAGCAACAUGAGUUUAAUGAAUGGGUUGUGGAUCAAACAAACAGCCAACAAUGUCCAAACUAUUUAUUUUGGGAUGAUGAACAUCAAGAAGUGCAACUUAAUAAUAAUAAUAAUGGUGAAGUUAUGGUCGUACCUUCCUCUUCAUCAAAUAUGGGACCUAUAUUAUCUGCUUACCCAACAUCAUUGUAGAGAUAUAUUGAUCGAAUUGCCGUGAAAAGGGUUUGACCGUGAUCUAUUCAUUAUUUUUCUCAUUUUGUUUUCUUUUGGGAUUGGUGAGAUUUUGAAAUUAAACUAGCAGAGAUAUUGCAUA